UCAUCCUCAACCCUCUUCACCCAUUCCCAAAACGCUCUUUCAAUCUUCUACACACACACAAACACUACGUUUCCCGGCGAGCAAGAGAGAGGAGAGAGAUGGAAGGCGGAGGAAAAGUUAAGAAGGGAGCCGCAGGAAGAAAGGGAGGCGGUCCCAGGGCUAAGUCGGUCACCCGGUCCAUCAAGGCCGGUUUGCAGUUCCCCGUCGGCAGGAUCGGCCGGUACCUGAAGAAGGGACGUUACGCCAAGCGCGUCGGUAGUGGUGCUGCGGUUUACUUGGCCGCCGUCCUUGAAUACCUCGCUGCGGAGGUGCUGGAGUUGGCAGGGAACGCGGCACGUGACAACAAGAAGAACAGGAUCAUCCCGAGGCACGUGCUCCUGGCGAUUAGGAACGACGAAGAGCUAGGGAAAUUGCUGGCCGGAGUGACCAUAGCCCACGGCGGUGUGCUCCCGAACAUAAACCCGGUUCUGUUGCCGAAGAAGACUGACAAGGCGACCAAGGAACCCAAAUCUCCCCUGUUUUCGUGGCUUUCUUACGAUACCAAUGAAAGUGUUCUCAAGGAUGCGUUUGGAAAGCAUGGUGAAAUAAUCCAAGUGAAAGUUAUCUGUGAUCAUGUGACUGGAAAAUCAAAGGGAUAUGGAUUUGUGCAGUUCAAUUCUGAGACUGCAGCCACCACAGCCUUGAUGCAAAUGGACGGUCAGGUCCUCGAUGGGAGAAGUAUACGCAUCCAACAUGCACACAAGAGGUGACAACAAGGACCUAUAGAAUGAGAGAGAAAAUGAUGUAAUAUUGGAUUCACUUGCUUGACCAAACCACCUGACAUGUUCCACCUACAAUUUACCUCGUG